AUGGAGGGACUACCAAAUGAACUGCUCCUCCAAAUCUUCGGCUACCUGCACACCCCGCCAGUCACAGACUUCAGUUCACCACCCGUAGCCGAUCGCUCGCCAGAUCUCCAUGUCUUGAGUCGCGUCUCUCGAAGACUAAGAGAUGUUGCCGCGCCGCUCGUCUACGAAUUCAUAGAGAGAGUAGGUGAUGUGGACAGUUUGGCCUAUCGUCAGCUACCACAAACCUUGCUCAACAAUAUGGAGCUGUGCCGGUACAUUAAGAGUAUAAGACUGAAAACGGAGGACGGCUUUGAAGCCGGCGACUUUUGGGCGGGCCACGUCAUGCUUUCGGGAAACGAGAGCGGGGACGAGGAGCGAGUGGAUUACAAUGAAAGACACUGUCGCUAUCAAAAGCGACGUCCGCGUGACGCACAAGAGAGCGAUGAAAAGAGAGGUGAUGAACAAGUGGAAGAACUGCCAACUGAUAUCCCAGGGCACUACAAAUGGCUUGCCAAGCUCAUCUCAGUCAUGGACAAUGAUCCAAAACAUGCUGACGAUCAAGAUCUUCUUCAGCGAGCUAUCCUCGGUGAAGAUGUACUACUUACACCAUGUGUCCUCUCUGCACCUAAUCUGGAGCGCCUCUGGAUUCGCUUACCCAAAUUACAGUUGGACGGGAAUUACACAAGCUUCUUGCUGAACAGCCUCUCCUAUAGUGCUCACACGGGUGGAUUUGAAAAGCUCAAAGUCCUUCAUCUUGACGUGUACCAAAGUGGCCUCGAAUGGUCAGUCAGCCAUGUGCUGCCUUUCUUCCGUCUUCCCAAUCUGGUCGAUCUCACGCUUGGAAAUUGCGGUAGCGUGAGCUUUAACAUCGACUACAAUAACAGAAACAUGGAUAUCGAUGACUAUCAAUAUCAGUUCGAGGCGGUGUAUCAUGAAUAUGGCGUCCAUAGGAAUAUGAUGCCAGAUAAGAACGACACGGCGUUCAUAGGAGAGCCCUGGGUAUGGCCUCUUCGCACGUCUUCCAUCACUAGGCUAUCGCUACUAUCUCCGCGUGUCAGUGGAUCGAUAAUAGCAAACAUGCUACUUGCAUGCAAAGCCAUCACUGAGUUCGAAGUGGUAAUGCCCUACAAGCAUGCACCUUUUGACAUUACGUUCUACGAGGACGUUGGUACAGCCCUUCUUGGACAUAGCGAUACUCUUGUGAAAUUGUCACUUGGGGAUCAACUGGCAAUCAUCAAGCGUCAUCAUCGUUGCAGUCCAGGCGAAUUCCGCAUCGGCUCCUUGUUGACUUCGCUCAAGUCCUUACGAAUCAAUCCCUACACCAUUCUCGGCUACGACUCUGUACGUUGGUAUACAACCGAUACGUCCCUUGUAUUAUCAGACGCUCUUCCAGACACGAUUGAACAUUUGUGGCUUGACCUAGCCUGCAGUCCAUUCGGUAAACCUUUCGACCCAUAUAUCAGAGGUCUGUUAGAAGCUCGUCGAAAUGGUCGGUUUCUUCAUUUGAAAAGUAUCCAUGUGUACUGGUACAAGAAGUUGUUUGGUGCUUUUGAUCGUAUAACUAGCUACCUCAACCACCUGUUGUACAUCCGUCAAGAGGUGUCGUUGCAUGCACCCGCUAUCAGCUUCGAUAUCUCUCUGCGAGCGGAUUGUCACACUGCGGGACUCGCGGACGGUGGCCUAGAAGAAUUAACUGAUGUCACGAAAUUCCGGUACACGCCCCCACUGGACAACUGUCGCAGAUAUGACGUGGAUCAUAAAGAUGGCCGGCGACAUUAUGUUGAAGGUUCUACAUGCAAGAUAUUUCCUAGGACACCACAAGAGAUGCAAGACGACUUAGAUCACGGUUACUGGGGAAGUUGGUACUGUAGUUAA